AUGUUCCGCCAGGUUGGUGGCACGAAAGAGCCACAGGGGAUUUGCCAGGCAGAGCUGAGUGCCCUGGUGCGCACUUGCUUGGUUUCCCCGACUUGCAGUACUUUCAGUGCAAGAGCACUCGCCUCCUCCAGCAGCCUGUUGCUCGGACUCAACCCAGCUCCCCCUCUCUUCAGCGCAGGUCGUAAUCUCAAGGAGUGGCUGCGGGAGCAGUUUUGUGACCACCCCAUCGAGCACUGUGAGGACACCCGGCUGCACGACGCGGCCUACGUGGGGGAUUUACCCACGCUCAAGAGCCUGCUGCAAGAGGAGAGCUUCCAAAGCCGGAUCAACGAGAAGUCGGUGUGGUGCUGCGGCUGGCUGCCCUGCACACCCCUCCGCAUCGCUGCCACCGCCGGCCAUGGCCCCUGCGUCGACUUCCUCCUCCAGAAAGGGGCUGAGAUUGACCUGGUGGACGUGAAGGGACAGACUGCCCUCUACGUGGCUGUGGUCAACGGGCACCUCGAGUGCGCCAAGAUCCUCCUGGAAGCCGGGGCUGACCCCAACGGCAGCCGGCACCACCGCAGCACCCCGGUCUACCAUGCGGCACGUGUGGGCCGGGCAGAUAUACUUCAGGAGCUGAUCAGGUACGGUGCAGAUGUGGACGUGAAUCACCACUUGGCCUCCCGGCUCCCCAGCCCUUCCUUGCGGCCCCUCACCACGCUCGUGGUCUGCCCACUGUACAUCAGUGCUGCCUACCACAACCUCCAGUGCUUUAGGUUGCUGCUCCAGGCAGGAGCCAACCCAGAUUUUAACUGCUGUGGGCCCAUCAAUAUCCAAGGCUUUUCCCGGGGCUCGCCAGUGUGUGUGAUGGACGCUGUCCUGCGGCAUGGCUGUGAAGCAGCAUUUGUCCACCUUUUGAUUGACUUUGGAGCUAAUUUGAAUCUGGUGAAGGUAGAGGCCUUGGGAGGGGAAUCCACAGGAAGGGUCAAAGUCAACCCAGAGGCUCUGCAGGUGUUUGAAGAAGCCAGAGGCCGCACCCGGAGCCUGUUGUCUCUCUGCCGCAUAGCUGUACGAAGAAUACUUGGCAAAUGUCGUCUGGAUCUGAUCCACAGCCUUCCAGUCCCAGACCCCAUUAAACAAUUUCUACUUCAUGAACACAGUUAAAGGGCAAUCGACUGCUUUCCAGGACAGUUUCAUUUGGUAAAUGGCUGACAAAACCAGGUGCCAAUCCUGACUGCACGGUCAAAUAUUGUACUUGCUCAUGGGGUGCACAUAAUUCCCUGCCCCUGUGGGUUCACCCUUUGAAUUUAGGGUGCAGUGAUUGUGUGUGUCUAUACUUAAACUAUUGGUUAUCUAAUUGGUAACUGUUUUUUGCAAUUGGUUGGGCAAUGAGACUAAGACCUGUGUGUGACUGUUACAUGAGCAAAUACAAGAUAUCCUAUAGCUAUUAAUAUUUAUCUGUUUGUUAUGACUCUACCUCUGUUGCUGCUCCAUGAUAAAAAAAAAUCCUGGGCCUCAGUGGUACUUCUGUGUGGGAAAUGCAUCCAUACUUAAGCUGUGGGCUUUCACUUUCCUCUAGUGUGCUAGGGAGUCUCUCUUCUUCUUGGUAAGAGGUUUGCAACAACACUGUGCUCUUUUUGGCAUCGAUAUCUAGCGUUUCCCUUCCCCAUGGAUUCUGUGAUUGCUGCUGUGAAAGUGUAUUUUCUUCUGUCCUCUUCUGGUGUGAAAUGCAUCAAGUUUCCUGUCCAGUGCUGUGUGUUACUUGGAGAACUGUGUCUGUGUCUCUACGUGCUCCAAGGUAGCUGCUGUCCUGGCUUUCUCCGUGCAGGGAACCCAUCGUGCAGAUGGGAGAGUAGCAGAACAUGCAAUCCUAUCCCGUCUGAGUCACUGUGUACAGAGCACCAGAUGUGCCAUGGCAUCUUGGCUUUCCCUCCAGCACUAUGAUGGAUGAGGCAAGGGGUGGCCAGUUCUCUCC